AGCAUGGAGCAGCUGAGGAAUCAUAGUUCCGGUCGUCUGGCCAUCGAAAGCGUACGCGAUGGCCGUGUAUUGGUCCUCUACACCGGUGGAACGAUCGGAAUGAUCAGGAACAAGAACGGAGUCCUGGUGCCCAAGGAAAAUUCUUUCGUCAAAAAGAUCCGAAACUACCCUCACAUGCACGAUAAGGAAUACGCGGAUGAACGAUUCGGUUCCAUGGGACCGCUAGUACUUCCAGUGACCGCGACAGACAGGAGACGCGUUAUUUAUAACGUGAUGGAAUACUCGCCUCUCUGCGAUUCUAGCAACAUGACGGUAGCCGACUGGAUCCGUAUUGCCAACGACAUUAAGGAAUCAUACGAGUAUUUCGACGGUUUCGUUGUUCUCCACGGAACGGACACGUUAAGCUACACAGCAUCGGCCCUCUCGUUUAUGCUCGAAGCUCUCGGCAAGAUAGUCAUAUUGACCGGGUCCCAGGUGCCGAUUUUCGACACCAGAACCGACGGCCUGGACAACUUCCUCACGUCUCUCGUUAUAGCCGCGAAUUACAACAUACCGGAAGUGUGCGUCUACUUCGCGAAGAAUCUGAUGCGUGGGAACAGGACCAGCAAAAUCUCAGCGACGGCGUUCGAGGCGUUCAAUUCCCCGAAUUUCCCGCCAUUAGCAAAGGCCAAUAUCAAGAUCGAAGUGGAUUACCGGGCGAUUUUUCGCUCCUGCACACUGGAGAAAUUCAACGUGCACGCGAACAUAAAUCGUAACGUGGGCUUGCUCCGUAUAUUCCCGAGCAUCACCACCGAUCUCGUGAAGGCGUUCAUGCAACCACCGAUCGAGGGCGUCGUGUUGCAGACGUACGGGGCGGGCAACGUGCCGACGAACCGCGAGGACAUGAUCAAAGAGCUGAGCAAGGCGGCGAAACGCGGGAUCAUCAUAGUGAACAUCACGCAAUGCUCGACCGGCUACGUUUCCGGGAUGUACGAGCCUGGAAAAUUCUUGGAGGAAGCCGGUGUGAUAUCGGGUUUCGAUAUGACCCCCGAGGCCGCCCUGACCAAACUCGCUUAUGUGUUGUCGAAAAAGGAAUGGGACACGGAAACCAAACGGCAAAUGAUGCAGACCAAUCUACGGGGCGAGUUGACCGCUGGUCGACCGCCGUUCCUUCAGGAUCUAGACCUCGUCGAGGCGGUCGCUAGAUCUCUGAGGCUUUCGUCGACCGUCGAACGCCAAGAAUUGGGAACGAUCCUGUUCCCAGCGAUGCUGAACGCUGCUGUACUCGCAAGAGAUACGAUCAAGCUUGAAUCGUUAAAGGAUUACGGUGCAGAUAUUUCGCAGACGAACGCAGACGGCCGGACCGCGCUGCAUAUCGCCUGUUGCGAAGGGGACUUGAACGUCACGCGGUGCCUUUUGAGGAUGGGGGCGAACGUGCAUAUCAAAGAUCGGUUUGACCGUACACCGCUUACGGACGCAGUGGAAUAUGAUCAGCAUGACAUUAUCAAAGUGCUGCUUCAAUGCGGCGCCCAUCUGCAUGGAAGGGCGUACUUAAUAGGCGAGAAGAUGUGUGCCGCAGUGGCGUUGGGGAACUUGAGACGGCUCGAGUCGUAUCAUUUAGCGAACGCUGAUCUGAGUCAGAAGGACUUUUCCGGUCGAACACCGUUGCACUUCGCAGCGUUGCACAACAAGACGCAAGUGCUAAAAUUCUUGUUGGAGCAAGGGGUGGAGACCGAUUGCAAGGACAAAGCGGGUCUAACACCGUUGGAUCUCGCUAAGGCCGCGGAUUCGAUGGAAGCCAUGUCGUUGCUCUCGCCCCCUGAACCGAUAUCCGACGACACCACCACAACACCGAUCGUUGCGGUGAAAACGAGCAGAUGAAAGUGAAACGAGGGUUUAUAUGUGCAGCACGAUAUAACGUAAUGCCACGGUCUCUUACGCUGUUACAAUGGUUGCUG